GUCUGCAACAAAUCACGGCUAACGUGAAGCCAGAGGCUUCAAUGUUGUAGCACUCCAGAUUGAGCUGUCAGAAUUGUACUUGAUAUGUAACGCAAUGGCGGCUAAGCUACUCCCUAAAUCUUCAUGUCGCACGUCUAUCAGUACAAAGCAUGCACAGGCUAGGCAUGUCCAGAAGGCGCACGCAACACAUAAGCAAAGAGCUCAUUCGACAGCGUCUGGAAGACUCAGAUCCAGAAAGUGAUGGCGAGGUUGAUACUGCCAGCCUCGAAUUAACGUGUCAAGAUAGAACUAUACGAAAGUGGGCACCAGUGGGAGACCUAUUGAGCUGUAAGUCCUGGCUCGACCAAAUCUGCGAUGAGGCACAAGCUCGAUUCGAUAAAGCUUCAGAAGAUGAUAGUAGGCCUCUUUCAAGCAAUAGUCAUACAGAACAAGCCAGCAAAACGCAAAACCAUGGCUGUUGUGAGGGCGCCGAUAGCCAGACCUUGGACACCGACAUCCUUCAACGCAUACGCGAAGGUCGUGGACCACGAGACGAGGUGUCUGAAGACCUCCUUGCUGUCUUUCGCGACAAAGACCUUCAAAGAGACAAAGAAGAGUCAUACGAAGAUAUGAGGAACGUCCUUUUGUCGUGGAACAGACGCGUUAGUUCAACGCUGAGAGAGGGCGAAAAUUCAAGAGUUAUGCUCAGACUGGCCGUUGAAAGACGCGGCAGCCUUCUCAGGAGCUGUGACCAUGGCACUGACGGUAGGCAAGAACUUGAAGAGUCCUCAGCUGAGCUAUUGCAAGCAUUGACGGCGCUGAGACCAGAGAUCGCAGAGUUCCACAGGCAAUCGAGUUUUGACAUCUUGGUGAUGCUGUGGGCCAAUGUUCGAAUUGCGAUACCAGAUAUGGACGAUGAGCUGAAGCUGCUUACAAUGGAGGCGCUUAUCGACGAGGUAAAAUCGAGAUCGCAAACUGUAAACGCAGACAAGCUGUCAGGAUUGGCUCGAUCGUUGAGCGUAGCAAAACUGGAACAUAACAUAGCUGAGAUCGAGCGGUUGACGAUGAAGAUUCAGGCGUUUGAACGGAAGAUGCGGGAUACCGUUGUCAGAAAGGUCAUCGACAAGAUCAAGGCAAUGCGUCGAGGGCUGACGCAGAUCAAACUGAAGGAACUACAGGAACUGACUGAGUUGCAAGCAGCACAGAAGUGGGCCGCUCACAAGAGCCUGGGAGACCGUCAACUCAAGCAGGAUCAAACUAGAGCCUGCGAUCAGGCGGAUGGCCAGCUGCAGCGAAUCCUCCAACAACAGGUACCCGAAUUGGAUGCACAUAUUCAGGUCGUUCAACACAACGCAAGUGGUCUAGCCAGUAUGAGUGCCAGUUUGUUAUCCAGGGCAGAAGAGGCUGGUUUCUCCCUCGAGGAUCAUCAUCCGUCAGCAUCAGUCGAACUGGCAACAGCUGACAUCAAGACGUAUGUAUCUGGGACGAUUACUGACAUCUUCAAUGCACGGCGGGAGGCUGAAAAGAUGCUCGAGCGGAUGGGCAUAAUCGAGAGCUAUCUCGAAGAUAUGCUGGACGCAGCGAAGAGCCAGUAUCGGGCGUACGAUGAUGUAUUGGGUGUGCUUGAAGACGCAGAGUCGAGCGACGACGACGAAGCUGGGCUUGCUAGAAAGUACGGGCCUCGUCGGGAGAGCAUAUUGUUGAUGGCCAGAAACACGCAGAGGGCCAAGCAGAGUUAGGGUGCCGCGUGCAAUGAAGACCAUCUGUUCCAGCUCUUAUCAUACUGCGUUCCGUGCUAUCCGAUCCUCUGAAGUAAUGCAAUUGUUGUCGAGAGGCUGCCAUCGUGGUUGGUCUCUCUACGAUGCUCGAGCUGCGUGGCGCGAAACAGAACGGAACGGCAACCGGGAUUCAGAACAGCAGCG